AUGAUCGGCGGCACCAGCGCCGGCGGCCUCAUGGCCGUCAUGCUCGGUCGCCUGUGCGACGAGCAUACAAACAGAUCUGGGAGGCCUGCCGCGCCACCUCCGCUGCAGCCACGUUCUACGAUCCUAUCGCUAUCGGCCCCUUCGACGAGUAAUUUCGAUGGCGCCCUCGGUAAGAACAACCCCGUUUUCGCCCUCUGGAACCAGGCGCUAGACGUGUGGGGCGAUCGGCUGCGGGGCAGCCUGUGGUGCCUGCCUGGUGUCGAUCGCACGGGAGUGCCCGUUCGACGGUGGAAAAAACUUGGGACGGAAAUCGAGAAGACGGAGGAGCAGUUCCGCCGCGACAAGGUCGACCUCGACAACGACGACCGCUACUUCCGCUUCAACGAGUCGAAGAAGAAGGCAGAGAUUGCGGCGGCGACCAGGGAUUAUGUCCAGUCGCAGGAGGUGUUGAAGCACAUGACGGCCCUUGCCAACGGUCUCUCAGCGUCGUCAAUAGCAGGGUGGGAUACGUUAUGCGUACGUCUGAUCGAUCUGGAGACCGACCAAGAUGGUCUUUUCAUAGCGUUCGAGGCUGGCGAGAGCUUGAUUGACCGGAUCUCUCUCUCGGGAGUACUUCAACCAGGCGAUGACCCUGUAACUGUCAGGCUGUCUAGCGUCAGCAAAGUACCUCCACGAUUCAAGCACGUCUAGGAGAGCGGAUCCGCUAUCAGAUAAGCGGCGCAGCGCUGUCCGAUCUAAUAGGUUAUGAAGGACAUUGAGAAUGAAAGCUCACAAUACUAC